AUGGAUGGUGUUGGCCACCAGCAAACUUUAGUGACUAAGUUUGAUCUGGCUGGAAAGGUUGUACCUGCUAUUGACAUAUACUUUCUUGCUACCUUACAAAGAUUCUGCUCUGCUUUCAUGGCCUUAGAAAUGUGUUCCGCAUCAUUCUCAUCCAACCCAUGUCCAGCAAAGAGUUACGAAGUAUUUGUGAGUUACAAAAACAAAGAUACUAGCGCACGCUUUGUCUGCUACUUAUUUGCUGCUCUAAAGAAGAGAGGGAUUUACACCUUUAGAGAUGACACAAAAAUGGAGAGAGGGAAAGAUAUAUGGAUAGAGCUAGAGAAGGCAAUCGAGAUGUCAAUGAUUGCAGUAAUCGUAUUCUCGAAAGACUAUGCUGCUUCGGAGUGGUGUCUGAAUGAGCUGGCGAAGAUCAUGGAAUGCAACCGGAGCUCGCAGCAAAUUGUACUGCCCAUUUUCUAUGAUUUGGAUCCAUCCGAAGUGCGGAACCUGGAUGAGGGCACACAGGACCUGAAUGGGAGUUUUGGCGAAGUUUUUGCCCGGUGUAAGGAGCGUUUCGGGGAAGAUAAGGUUCAGCACUGGAAGGCUGCUUUGAAUGAGGCUGCAAACUUGGCUGGCUGGUACUUGCAAGAUGUCGCAAAUUGUUCAAAGUUUAUAGGGAGGAUUAUUGCAAAAAUUUCGAAUGAACUAAAUCAGGCAUAUCUCACUGCUACACCGUACAUAGUUGGAAUUGAGUCUCGAGUGAGGGAACUCAAUAUGUAUUUAGACAGGUAUGCAGGAGAUGUUUGCAUGGUUGGCAUUUGGGGGAUCAGUGGCAUUGGCAAAACAACAAUUGCACAAGAAAUAUAUAAGCGACUAAAAUGUGAAUUCCAAGUAAGUUGCUUUCUUGAAAAUGUAAGGUUAAGAGCUCAACAAUCAAAUGGUCUGAUUGAUUUACAAGAGGAAUUUCUUUCCAGUAUCCAAGAAAACCAUGGCAAUAAAAAAGUUACAGAUGUAGUUGAAGGAACUAGUUUAAUAAGAGACAAUAUAAAGGGUAAAAGGGUUCUUGUAGUUCUCGAUGAUGUGGAUGAUCUAAAUCAAUUAGAUAAACUAGGCAUUGAGAAAGAUAAUUUUCAUGCAGGAAGUAAAAUUAUUAUCGCAACAAGACAUAAGGAAAUGCUAGCUAAGGUGGAUAUGAUCUAUAAAUUACCGGCAUUGAGCUUUGCUGAGUCCUUACUGCUCUUUAGUUGGCAUGCGUAUAGAAAAGACAAGCCUGUUAAAAAUUAUGCAGACCUCUCAAAGAAAGUGAUAUAUUAUACUGGAGGAGUUCCAUUGAUACUGAAAGUUUUGGGUUCUUGUUUGUUCGACAAGGAGGAAUCUCAAUGGAGAUGUGCGUUGGAAAAAUUAAAAGAAUCUCGUUACCAAAUAUUUGAAACGCUUAUGGUGAGUUUUUAUUCACUGAGCGACAAGCAGAUGAACUUGUUUCUAGAUAUUGCCCAUUUCUUCAUUGGAUACGAAUUCAAAAUCCUCCAAAACUCAGGUUUAUACCUUGAAAGUGAACUAGGAGAUUUUUGUCGUCGUGGUCUUGUUACAAUUGAUUGCUCGAAACGCCUAACAAUGCAUGAUUUGAUUAUAGAUAUGGGCAGAGAAAUUGUUCGCAAACAGUCCGUGGGGGAGCUGAGAAAAUUUAGCCGACGACAACGAUGGCAUCCAAGAAAUGUCCUGGGUCUACUUUCCAAAGAUAAUGUUCGAAAUGGUGGUUUCCGCUUUCUUAAUUAUCCAAAAAAAACUAUAUCCAUUGAAGACCAGGCUCUCAUUGAUCAGAAGUUGUACUUAUCGGGCAUUCCAGAAAUUAACUCUCUGAUCCGCACUGAGACCAUUAGGCAACUGAAGAGCGACCAAAGGUUUUGGACGCCGGAGCAAUUGCUUUUCCAACAUCAUGAGUUGGAGAAUGAGAACGAGCCACUCCAGGCCUCUCGUGACCAUGCUGCUAUGGCUUCGCCUUCUCUGCCACUAGGUUUGAUGAGCGUGAUUGCCCACCGUCGAAUGGCUUUUGCAAAUUUCGGGUUUGUACGUUGUUUCUAUCCUGGCUAUCGAAGGUCUCAGCAUCAUUUCACAUGA